AAGAGGGACUUGUACAACGCCGUAGUGAUGAAAUGCAGAUUCGUCAGUCUAGUAUCCGAGGAGGUGACGAAGUCGAGCUUCCGCCGCAAGGUGUGGGACUACAUGACGAAGAAUGAGCUGGUCAACUUCCCCGUCAACAUAUACAAGCGUAUACCGAACUUCAAGGGCGCCGCGGAGGCGGCGCAGCGGCUGAUCGAGUUGGACGUGUUUAAGAAGGCGAGAGUCAUCAAGAUAAAUCCGGACAAGCCGCAGGAGCCGGUGAGGUUCUCGGCCCUGGAGGCCAACAAGGUAAGCGCUGGAGACAAUCGUGGAACACGUGUCACAAUUUAACUUACAACGUAGGCAUAAGU